GCUCGGGCUCGGUCCGGACAUAACAACCUGAAUGCGGAGUUCGCGUCCCCAGUUCCAUUCCGCAUGUAUUGGCGAACCCCUGCUCAAUGACGCGGACCAACCAACAUCAGAUAAGAUUUAAAGAUCAAAAGCGACCUGCAAGAUCCAACACCAUGGACAGCAUUUCAAUUCCUCUACAGCGCUCAUGUUCCUUCGACCCAUAGCCAGGUCACCAUGGCGGAUUCGUCACCUAUCUCUUCCUCUCCAAGCGCAAGUCCAAAGCUGCAGAACCAGAAGCAUACACAAUAACACCCCGCCACUCUUCCCAACCAUCCCAACAUGUCCCUCGCCGUCAUGCUCCUGUGCGGAGAUGCCCGCUCUGCCGGAAGGUCUCCCAAUUGAUCACUCGAAGCCGCUGAAUGGGACGAUGGCGCCGUAUGCGGAGCAAGUGCUGAUUUGUACGGGCAAGGACGAUUGGAUGUCGAAGAUUGAAGAUGAGAAUUCGGGGGAUAAUCUGGCGGCGGAUAUUAAGGAGUUGAUGGGUAGGGGAGGGGUGUUUGCCGAUCCCUACCACCACGUCUCCAUAACCAACUCCUCCUUCCCAUCCACCACCUCUCCUCCCCGACCGGGCGUCCAAGUCCAAAGUACGUCCGCCUACCUCCUCCCCAGCUUCAAGUACAUCCCGUUCCUCCCCCGCGUAUCCUUCGAUUCCGUCCAAGCCCUUGUGAAAGGCUACCUCCUCCCCACCAAGCUGCACCCCGCGCACGAGAACCUCUCGCCGAUACAUAAGGACCGCUUGUUGCGCAGUGAGAACCAGAGGAGGCUGCUUUAUGGUGUGAAGGAUGUGAGGGAUGUGCUGGUACUGAUUUGUGGGCAUGGAGGGAGGGAUAUGCGAUGUGGGAUCUUGGGACCGGUGUUGAGGGAGGAGUUUGAGAGGGAGCUUGGGAGGAUGGAUAUUGGAGUUUUGAAGGAGGCGGUGGAUCUGGAUGUUGGUCUUGAGACGGUGGAUGAGACUCCUGUGCUUGGAGAGCGAAAUGAGGGGGUUGUAGAGGGGAAGAUGAAUGCGAGACUUGGCUUGAUAAGUCAUAUUGGUGGUCACAAGUUUGCGGGGAAUGUGAUCUUGUAUAUACCGCCUGGAGCGAAGACAGCAGAUGGGAAACCGAAUGAGCUGGCUGGAUGUGGGAUUUGGUAUGGGAGGGUGGAGCCGAGGCAUGUUGAGGGUAUUGUGAGGGAGACUGUGCUUGGGGGAAGGGUGAUUGAGGAUUUGUUUCGUGGAGGGAUUAGACAGGGAGGGGAGAUCUUGAGGCUUUGAAGAACGGGCGCUCAAGAUGUAUAGAAAACUGUGUGAUCAGGAAACCCAGGUGCGUUAGAAUGUUUCUGUCACUGGUAGAGCUGCGGGGAGUUGGCUUAGAAGGAUGUCAGAGUAGAGGCACCAGUAGCCUGUAUGAAUAUUGUAUAAAACAAGUAUAAUUGGUUCCCUUCAAAG